AUGGCCGACGACAAAGCUUCUCUACCAGAUCCGCAAACGCCUCAUCCGCCUUCCUCUUCAUCGGCAUCCACCUCGUCAGCCACUCAACAGGCCGUCCCCUCUGAAAAGAUCAGCCACUGGAGGGUUCUCCUCGACCAGACCGGAGUCACCCAGCAAGUCCUGGAACACAAGUAUGACGGACAUGGCACCACCGAGUCCCCUUAUCUGGUCGAGUUCGUUCCCGGAGACAAAUGGAACCCCAUGACCUUCAAGGACUCAUUCAAGUGGACCGUCACUCUCAUCCAGGCCAGCGCCACCCUCUCCGUCUCGUUUGCCAGUUCUGCCUACUCAGGUGGUGUGAGUGAGAUCAUUCGCGAGUUUAACAUUUCCCCCGAGGUUGCCAUUCUCGGUGUCUCUCUGUUUGUCCUGGGAUUCGCUAUUGGACCCCUUCUCUGGGCCCCGCUGUCUGAACUCUACGGCCGCCAAAAGACCUUCUUCAUCAGUUACAUGGCCCUGGCUGCUUUCAGCGCUGGAGCUGCUGGAAGCCAGAACAUGGCCACUCUCAUCAUCCUUCGAUUCUUCGCCGGUGCCUUUGGAUCCUCUCCCCUGACGAAUGCCGGUGGUGUCAUUGCCGAUCUGUUCCAAGCCAAGCAGCGAGGUAUCGCCUUCAGUAUCUUUGCCAUGGCUCCGUUCCUGGGUCCGGCUCUUGGCCCAAUUGCAGGUGGUUUCCUCGGCGAGUCCAAGGGCUGGCGAUGGGUGGAGGGAUUGAUCGCCAUCUUCACCGGCGUUGUCUGGAUUGCCAGCUCCUUGGCUUACCCCGAGACAUAUGCCCCGGUCUUGCUUCGCCAACGCGCUGCUGCCCUGAGCAAGAGGACUGGCAAGGUCUAUAUUUCCAAGCUGGAGGAGGGACAGCCGCCCAAGACCAUCGGCAGCCAGCUCCGUGUUUCUCUCCUGAGGCCUUGGAUUCUCCUCAUCAAAGAGCCCAUCGUCCUUCUCAUCUCCCUCUACAUGGCCAUCAUCUAUGGCACUCUCUACAUGUGCUUCGCCGCCUUCCCCAUUGUCUUCCAGCAGGGCCGUGGCUGGAGCCCCGGUAUCGGCGGCCUGGCCUUUGUUGGAAUCGCCAUUGGCAUGACCAUCGCCACCGUUGGAUCCGUCUUUGGCAACAACCGAUACAUCAGAGCGGCCGCCAGGUCUCCUGAUGGGAUGGCUCCUGCUGAAGCCCGUCUGCCUCCCGCCAUCCUCGGCUCCGUCCUGAUCCCCAUCGGCCUGUUCUGGUUCGCAUGGACCAACGGGCCCAGCGUCCACUGGAUUGUCUCCAUUAUCGGCACCAUCUUCUUUGCGUCCGGUAUCGUCUUGGUCUUCCUGUCGCUGAUGAUCUACAUUGUCGAUGCCUAUGUCAUCUUUGCCGCCUCGGCUCUGGCUGCCAGCUCCGUCCUCCGAUCUCUCUUUGGCGCUGCUUUCCCUCUCUUCACCAGCUACAUGUACAGCGACUUGGGUAUCCACUGGGCGAGUUCCAUUCCCGCCUUCUUGGCGCUGGCCUGCGUCCCCUUCCCUUUUCUCUUCUACAAGUACGGCGACAAGAUCCGCGCCAAGUGCCAGUACGCCGCCGAAGCCGCCGAGGGGGUCUUCCCGGCCAUGAGGAGGCCAUCACAGCCAAGCGCCGACUCGUCGCCAGCGUCAUUCUACACUAGCAAGGAAGAGGAUUCAGAGCUCAACGCCAAGUCGACGACUGCGAGUACCCCUUCGAAGACACAGCCGUGCCCGUACCGAACGGCGCGGGAGCUCCCGCACGAGCUCAAGGAGCACUGCCAGAUUUUCCUCGAGGAACAGCUAUACACCUGCGCCAUCAACCUCCUCAACAGCAUCCUCGGCUCUGGCGUUUCAAGAGCAUCACCUGGCGGCAAGCCGGUGCCCGUUCCUCCUCCUAGCCAUCUCGCGCUGCUCGGCACGCUCGCCGUCCACCCUCUCCACACCACGCGCGUCGACAAACCCGAGCACCUCGAUGUCUCCUCCCUCGCCUUGGGAUACCUCCGGAAUGUCCUCGCGAUAGUCGGACCGCUUCACGCAGACUUUCGAACCGCAUUCCAAUUCCGCGCCCCGCCGAGAUGGAACCGUCGAGCAGCGAGACAUACUGGCCGUGGUAGCGACAGCGAGAUGUCCGAUGGCGACUCUGAGGGCACUCACGAUUAUCUGCGAGGGAAGAUUGCGAACGAGGGCAGCGUGUGGGCCAAGGGCCAGGACUUUUGGUCCACGGUGGGCUGGGCAUUCCACUGCUGCUCGCUGAUGCCGCACCGAUGGCGAUACUGGAAGGCUUGGCUGGAGUUCAUGCUGGAUGUGCUGGACGCUGACUGGGCGGAACGAGAGCGUCGCGACCAGGAAGAUUACGAGACGAAUGGCCGCGUGGGCGAAGAACCCACCACGUGGCGUGCUGAAUCCAUGAUGGUCAUGUACAUGAAGCAGGAAGACGGGCGUCACUCCGGCGACAAGGCCAUCAUCAAGGCGCUGUUUGCUUACAACGGCAGCGUGUCGUCUUCGUCUUUCCAGGAGGUCUUUGAGAAGGAGCACAAAGGGCCUAGCAAGCGGGGGAAGAAGCGAAAGCGCGAGGCCGUUCUUGACCUGGCCAAUGACCAGUUUGGCGACUACUUCGACGAGGACGAGGCCCUCUCGUCGGGCGUGUCCGAGCCGCCAACCCCCCAGAAGCACCGCACCAAAACCGACGGCUCGGGGAUCAACGCAGGCAUGGUGGAGUCCGUCCACCUACGGCUGCGGCUAUUCAAACUGCUCUCUGCGGCUACGGCCGUGCUGUCCAGCAAACGCGAGCGACGGGGACGACGGGAACAGCCGGAACUCGACAAGCUCUACGAGGACUUCGCGGCCGGUAUCAAGGUCCUCCCCUUGGAUAUCUUUGCCCUCUUCGUCUCACAGCGGUCGAACCCUCUGCUGCCUGCGACGCACGUCACCCUCACCAGAAUGCUGUUCCAGCAACUGCUUCCGUCGUCCUACAAGGACCCUCACAGAGUAGACCCGGAAGGCGAGUCUACGGGAAGUUUGACGAUGCGCAUGCUUGAGCACUGCUACAGCUGCCAUCCUGCCAAUACCAUUAGUCUGGAGGACAACGCCAAGCUGUCGCUGGUGGUUGAGAGCGCGAUUCAGCUUCUGUGGCGUUUCGAUGAGGUGGAGUACACAAAGAGCUUUGCUGCUGCGGUAGAGACGGGCAUCGAGGCGCGAGCGAAGAAGGCACAGAAGAAGAGGACGGGGCGAACAAAGGCCGACGCCAGCGAUUCCCACGCCCUCAAUGUUUUGAAUGCAUCCGCCGACAGGAUUCGAGUGCUUUUGGGCGUGUUGAAGGCCUCGGCUGAAUGA